AUGCUAUCAGCUGGAAAAAGUCCUUCUCUGAACAAAGACGAUGAAUAUAGAUCUUCAGCUUCUCUUGCUAUGGAAGGUUUUCUAGAAGAUACCGCCAACUGCUACCAUACGCGUUACCAUGAACCUGUAUCCUCUUAUUUCGUUGAAGUACCAGAACAAAGAGCAAAAGUUCACACAGUGGGUAAGACAUAUAAUUUGAAAAUAACGACCUUUCAGGAAAUGAGUAAGUUAACUUCAUAGCUAUAAUCUAUAACGGUCUGUGUUAGUGUAGAUAGAGACGAUAACAAGAUACUGCGGAUUCAUGAGAGAGAUACGACUACCUGAAAAAUACAAACAGAACUUCGACAUUUCGAGCGCGAAGGCACUUCUGUUUGUAUCUUUCAGGUGUUGCGCUCUCUCUCAAUCCGCAGUUAUAUAUCCCCAUAACUUCAAAGAGCAUUUCCAUUGUUCUUAUAUUGACAGUUUAUGUCGAACAAGUUCAGCAAGUUUCAUCCACUGAAGAAUCUAGGGAAACGAAACAUCAUUUGAAGGAUGAUGAUGACUCAAUUUCGGUCAAAAUGGGAGUAUUCUUAGAAGAGAUGUUGCAGCAAUUUAAAUGCAAAGAAAAUUUUCCACAGUACAAGGUAGUCGAAGUUUUGUCGACUCGAAUAGAUACUUACAUCCCGAUGAAGACAUGUAAGUUCAUUUACUUGUUUCAAUAUUAUUUGCUAAUUUUCGCAAACAUACUAAAUUAGGCAAGCUCUAAGCGCAUGACAAAUCCUGACCAGGGUUUACCGGUGUCCGCGCGAUGGUGCAACCAAAGAAAGCCCUACGAACGAGGCUGCCUUUUCCAUUUUUAAAAACGUGGGGAGCACAUGCCAUCCGUGUUUCCCCCCUGUUCCGUGGGGCCCUGGGUUGGAGCCGAUUUUUCAUUUGAUUUAUGCAUAACUUAUUUCAUUGUUUCCAAUGUAUUAUUACUCGAGCCAGGUUUCACUACCGAAAUAUUGGGUUCACUACCGGCACUAAAGGGUGUAUGUGUGUGCGGAGAGGGGGUGUCACCCCUUCCUGGGAAAAUUAGUGGUUGUAAUGACUCGGCAAAAUUUGCCCAAUAACGCGGCAAAAUUAAUUACAACCCUCAUUCAAAGUGGUCCAGCGUCGUCCCUGGUUGUUGAAUCGCAUUUAGUGCCCAUUAUUUAGACAUACGUUGUGAUGUGAUUAUAAUAUUAUAGGUAAUAGUUAAUACUCAGUAAUUAUUGAAAUAGUUGUCACGGUAAAUAAACAAAAGCUUUCACAAAAUCUCUUGCAUAAUAUCUUAUAAGCCAAUUCUAACAGCAGCCAUUUUGUCGUUAAAAUUUGCGUUAAACACUGCGUAUCCCAUUGCAUACACCUGUUUAAUUAAUUAACCGCGAUUGUACCUACAUGCACAUGCUUAUAUUGCCGCUUUUCAAUUUAAAAGCGAAACAGGUGACUGUCCUGUAUAUAAUUUUUUUUGCUGAGUAUAUGAAGAUGCGAUCGCUGCAUGUACUUCCAAGUUCAACCGCAUUUGGAACAUUGUUUCUUUGACGUCAUCCAUUGCUCGAUUUAUUUCCUCGGAAGAACCUGGUUUCGAUGACAACGACGUUACUGUAGCAAUGAACCGCUUAAUUCUAUACCGGAAGACCAGGCUAAGGUAGAAAGCCUCAAAUAUAAGAAACAAACUUUUCUUAUUUUGCCCGCCAUCAAACAGAGUUUACUGUACUCUGCGAGAAGAGCCUUCUGACUUGGAAAAGAAGGUCUGCUGGCCGGGUGGGUCCACUGCAGUCAAAAGGUGCAAAGACAUUUAUGCCUUGAGGACUGUUUUGACAAAUAACAAAAAUACAUUUGUAUCAAAAGAUCCUGUUUGAUGCCACUGGAUGCAGUAUUAUAUUUGGUCAAAUGUUUGCCAAGUUAGUUUUUUUGGUGAAUUCAUUGUGCACAUUUCGAGCCCUUGAUUUCGUCGUUCUCUUUCGUGAAAUCCAAAUCAGUACGUUGACUAUUCUUUUUGUCAUCAAAGGAGAACCACGUUUAAAACUAGCUCAUGAUCAAUGUACUGUCAGCUCAAUCGCUUAGGUUAGUUGGUUCUAAGUUUAGUUAAUAACAGUUCUUAAGCUAAGUACUUGAAUUAGGAGGGCGAUUACAUGGAGCGAGUUGUCCCCGCUAGCCGAGUUGCCCAGCUAAACGAGUUGACUUUUGAAUUACGAUUACAUGUAUGGGUUGACCCCUGAUAAGCUCCUUCAGACUAAAAAUGCUCAACAGUAGAACAAUCGUUGUUCGAAACUGAUUAAAGAUGGUUUAUAUGUUGUAUUUUGCGGCUUCCUCGCGCAUAGAAUGGUGUUGAUUGCAAUAAUUAUAUUUAGUAUUGACCCCAAUAUGAUUUUUUCGCUUGCAUUCUUGUGAAAUGCAGUCGCUUCGCUGUCCCAAACUUAAAAGCGUUUAUUGAACCACAAAAACAGCAUUCUGAUGUUAGUUUGAGUGCUACAUGGGUAAAAUGUGUAAUGUUCAACUCGGCCAAGGGAAAUUUCAUUCAUCCAGGUGGUAGAACCAUACCUCUUCAUUUUGUUUAAAUUUGGAGGGUAUAUUUAUCAUCGUGAGACAUGUAAAAUCCAAAUUUCAAACUUGUACCUCUAAUAGUUUUCGAUUUAUGGGAUUUUUUAUUUUUGAGGAUUUUUUUUCAAAGAUGGGCGUGGUCUGAACAAAUUGUCUUGGAUAGCCGGGGCCAGUUGUUCAGUGGUCGGUAAGCUUAACCUAGGUUAACAAUUUCUUCAAAUGCUUGUGAUGUUACUCUGAGUGUAUAUCCACAUCAGGAGGUUUGAAAAAUAUGCCUGGCCACUGUGUGAAUCGAACCUACGACCUUUGGAAUACCAGCCCAAUGCUCUGCCUACUGAGCUACACGGUCAGAUCGGUUCGAGUAUGUACGUAUAUUUCGGAACUGAGUCUAGUUCUUUCGAUAUCAGUUUAAUCUAAUAAUCAUGAUAUUUGCUGUCUUGGUCAUGAUUAUUGGAUUACACUGAUAUCAAAUAUCAUGAUUAUCAGAUUACACUGGAGGAACUAAACUCAGUUCCUAAAUAUCACAUACUCGAACCGACCUGAUUGCGUAGCUCAGUUGGUUCAUCAUUACUGUAUCAUACAACUUUUUUCAUUUAAUAUUAUGAUCUAUUAUCACACUGAUAAUCGAAAAUAACCGAGAAAAUUUGAGCAACAAUAGGAAUAUUUCGUAUAUAUCAGAUUGUGGAGUUUACUUCGGAAUUUAAAAUUAAUUCAUUGUGAUUCAAAUUCAAACUAAAUCAUAGAUAUUGAAACCACUUUAAAUAAAUGUGAUUUCGAAAAAUAUAUCGAGGAUGAAUGCCAUAAGCUAUUAAGAACUUCUUUUUAAUUCCAUCUGCAACUUGAUUAAUUGUGCAUUCUUUCAUUGCAAAUUAAAUGUCAAGCAAGGUACGUGAAAGAUCGAGAAACAACUUGUCUGAAACAUGUAUAGUGCCUUGUUGGAUUUCGACGAGAAUUACGACUUUAUGGUGCAAGACGAAAUCCAAGGUUUUUACUGGAACAACAUCGGUUAUGCCCAGUUGCUCUAUACCACAUGAAGAAUGACAAACUCCACAGUGAGCCUCUCUUUCUAAUAUCAGAUGACAUAAAGUAUGACACUCCUUUUGUUUAUCAAGUGCAAGCAGAAAUUGUGAGUUUCUGAAAAAAGAGCUCCCCAUGUUAUUGAAUGCAAUAGUUUUCAGAUAAUUGUGCUGGACAGUACAGAAACUUUAAAAGUUGGUUUAUCUUUCCCACAUUUGUGCGAUAUCAUUCAACAGCUAAAAGCAUGAUCUUUCCGAAUGUGGAAAAAUCUCGUUCAUAUGCAUAGUAAUUCAGGUACAAUAGCGCGCUGAAGUUCGAUUACCUUUUUUUUAUACACCCGGAAUAAUGCUCGGCUGCACCUCGCGUUAUAUAUCUGAUAAAACACUGCUGCUCGUGUUUUAAAUACUAAAUAAACAUUAUUUUCAUAUCAAAUUUGCUAUAUCGAUCAAGUAGGUCGAUGGUAAUUUAACCCAAAAUUUAAUUUUAUUAUUAUUAUCUUAUUAUUAUUUACAAUUAUUUAAACACGGUAACAUCUCAACCAUAGCCAUAAAAUACCUAAAAGUUAUAAUAAUUUUUUUGAUAAAAUAAAAAGGUUGAUUUUCAGAUGGCCGUGUAAUUUGAAUGCGAAUAACAGGUUUCAAAUUGGCUCUAUUCAAUUAUUGGUAUCAUUUUUUAAUUCUACAAUAUCAAGUUGUAUAUAUGCCUUAUUUUUAUAAAAAAUAGAGUAAAUCUGCAGUAGCAGAUCACUAAAAUAUUAGGACCUUAGAUAAUUUGUUCAAACCACGCCCAUUAUUAACGAAAAUCCUCAAAAUAUAAAAUCCCCAUAAAUUGAAAACUAUUAAAAGAACAUGUCUGAAGUUUUGGAUAUUUACUGUAAUUUACAUGUAUCAUGAUGAUAAACAUUUCGUCCAAAUUUGAAAAAUAGUGAUGAUAUUUAUGGUGUCAUAAAUGAAUUGAACCUUUAAUGAACCUUACCGAGUUGUCUCGGUUGUCAACAAGUGAGAACCCGGCUAGGGGAGUUGUUUUUAAUAGUAUUUACUAUACAUGGUGUAUAAAAAACCCCUGCAAACCCUUUGAAAUACAAUGUUUUUAGAAUUCGCAUGAUUCAGAACUAAUUGAUCCCAAGCGUGCGUAAACACAAUAGUUGACCAUUCACGGCAUCGGUAAAAUUGUCCCACCUCGGCUAGCCGGGACAAUUCGGCUCAUGUAAUCGGCCCCUUGAUUAGAUCUCGUGUAUUAAAUACAGUACUAAGUUAGUUCCAAAAGUUUACUUUUUUUAUCAUAAUCUGCCUUACUCUCAGUAUUUUGGAUCACGAUACGGGAAUGCCACUCAAAAGGAAGGAUUAAAAUAGAAAAAAUAUUAACUAAGAUAAAAAAUAUUAACACUGAAGGACAGAUUUCAGUAACGUAACGACUUGUCGACUUUUAAGGACACGUACAUAAUUCAUAAUUGCAAAUAUUGCGUCAAAUACGCGUGCUAAUUUUUUAAAUCAAUUAUUUUUAAAUCAAAUCUUACGUCUGCAAAUAUAAUAGAGUAAUAUUUUUUCUAUUUUUGUGCCUUUACAGGUAGACGUGCAGUUGUUGCAGCUUGUCGUCGAGGUUAG